AUGCGUAGAUGCUGCGUAGCGCACUACGCCUCGCUGCCUGCUACGGUCGCACUCAUUAACAAUGCCGAACUAAUUAACCACUCGAAAACACGUGAAAAGUCAGCGCGUGAAAACAGACUGAAACAGCAUGCACCGGCGGCGCGCCCCGAGCGUACAGGACCGAACGCUACGGUAAGGUUGCCGCCAUAUUGCCGCAUGCUCCGCCCUCUAAUGCACGCCGUUAUCUCAUUGGUUGUUUGCGAUAAAUUGGUGGGUGACGGCCGGUGCUUGACGCUCGUAAUCCCGUGGCUUGUACCAGAUUAUGACGGAUAUCAUCGGAUUUCGUGUACACACACUGUGAGAAUCAGCUUUCCGAGGAGUCAUCGGGGUGUCAUCCUUUGUCCAACUGUAACGUCUAACUUGUCAUCGGGAAUGGCGACCAGCGCGUGA